UAAAGAAAUUCAGUUUAGUUAUAAUCUGUUUAACAAAUUCAUCUCCCUUCAAAUUUUUAGGCCUUUAGUCAAAAUUUAAAGUAAAAUACAAGAUCAAAAUGCCUUACUAUGCCGACAUGUCACCAAUAUAUUUUCCAAGAUAUUUGUGCCCUCGUAAUAAGGCCGUUGUGUUGGAGCUAUUACGAUACGGCUUGGAAGAAGGUCCGUUACAUCAUCCUGAACGCUAUAAUCGCCGUUUUAAUUUUCCUCCUUCUCGACAAAUUUUAUCACCUGAACGAAUGGAUCAACUAAUAGCGUUGACUGAGCCUUACAAAAAACCUUUUCUAGUAGAAUGUAGAGACUAUGUUCUUGAAAUGAUACAUCGAUACUUGGUCCAUCCAUUUUUUCAUGACAGUGACGACGAAUACUGAAUACAAGUGACAGAGUUGAGCGUGUUGAAGGUCGUAGUUAAGAAUUUUUCAUGAAGCCCUGAUAGAAUAUUGGCAUGAAUGGCAAGGGGAACCAAGCCAUAUAAGUAAAUUAUUAUGGAGUCCUGUGAAAAUGUUUGUGGAAAAAUUUUAUAUAUGAAGGAAGUAACGUCUUGACUUUGCUUUAGUACCAUUUAAGGAAAUUUCCUGGAAAGUAAACGUGGUUUAGUAUAUAAAAACGUAGAACAUUUUUCAGUAGCUCCAAAUUAAUUUCGAAAAAAGGAAACUUCAUGAAAAAUUAAGUGUGUAAUCAAAACAUAUGAAAGCGAAAGAAUGUAUUUUACUUAUAAAUAUACUUUAAAUCAAGUCCGUUUAA